CACAGUGUCUCAGUAAGUUUGUCAAGCUAUAGAGUUAAGGUUUUUACCCCAAAAACUGUGGAUUUUUUUUUGUGCUGCUUGUUUGAAAACUUACCAUGCCUUGGGCAAAGGGCAUCUUACUUUUCAUGAUGGCUGUGGUGAUGCCAAGUUCUUCUUUAAGGACAGAUCCUGACACCUUUUCUGAAGUAGGUGUUGCUUAUGGAGCAGUCUCUAAAAACAUGGCCCGUUUUGGCAAACUUUUAAUUGGUGGCCAAGGUACAGUACCUAAUAAUGUGAAGACAUCUGCGCUGAGGUCAGAGGAGUCUGAUGGGCACCAGUCAAAUGAGGAUGUGUGGUUUCCUUCUGUCAGUGCUAAGCUGCGCCAUCUGGGUUCUUCUGUGCAAUGUAGCAAUGAUUCAAUGAUCUUGCGCAUUCCAGGACCGAGAACGCCACACUUUCUGGUUGACCGAGGAGAGGAGUCACCAAUGCCUUUGUCUGAGAUGCCAGCUAGCUGUGGUUUCUCACUGAAGCGGGCACGCAGGGAUGUCUCUCUUGUUGCUCCAUAUCGGGGCUGUCAUGUCAGAAAACAGGGUGGAAGUUAUAUUCUGCCACUCAUUAUAAUGGGAGCUCCAGUGCAAGUGUCUUGCCCUGUGAGUCCUCUCCUCCCUACAGUGUCCUGCUUCUCCUUUGGCAUGAUUGUCACACUUGGGAUCAGAGCAGAUUAUGUUAAAGUCAAAGUUGAUGGAUCAUGGCAGCCUCUGCUCCUAACAUGCUCUCAGUGCUCGUUUACAUUGGAGACUGGUGCUGCUGGUUCACUGGUUGUCACUGCACCAUUCACAGGAAGCUGUUGGGAAACAACUGAUACUGCAAGGCGACUCCCUUUGCUGUACGGUGACAGGGAAGUGACUCUUUCCUGUCCUCUGACACAGCCAACCGUAGCCCCAACCAUAGCCCCAACCAUAGCCCCAACCACACCUGCUGUCCGUGACCCAACUGACAUGCAACAGAUGUUUGACCCUUCCCGUUUUGGAAGGCCCUGGUGGUAUCCAUAUCCUGGUGUACCUGCUACCCUGCCUCCCACUGUGCCACCUACAACGACUACAACUACUCCUUUUCAAUAUCCUUUCCAGCAACCCAUGUUCCCUCCCAAGUAUCCCAUGCCAAUAUUUGAUCCCUUUUACUCUAAAGGUGACCCAGCUGCUCCCCCAGCACCACAACCACAAUAUCCCUGGUACCCAAAUUUCCCUCCUUACAUGAGUGGCUUCCAAAGCCCAGUUGAAGUGACAACUCCUGCAACGACCACAACUGCCCCAUACCAGCCUGAGCACCAGUAUCCAGGUUAUCCAAUGUACCCACCAUUCUAUGGUCCUCAACCCAUCAAGUCUUUUGUGUCUCCAACUGUGAAAUACUCCAUGCCCCAGUAUCCUAAGGCUCCAAUCUUUGGUCCCCGCAGCCCGAGAUCAAUGUCUUCUCCUGCACUGUUAUCCUCGGUCUACAGGUCUCGUAGAUAACACUUGGGCAGGAGUGGACUCUGAAGUGGUAUUGCUUUUGACACUAGAACAAAUGACAUCAAUAGUUGUUGGGUAUAAGCCUAAUAAAGGUGUGUCUUCAUGAAA